AUGCCGCUGCCAAAGGGAGGCAAGCCUAAUAAAAUAGUCUAUCCUCCAAACUGCAAAGAGGUGUCUGAAGAUAUUGGAAAAGAUGAGCUGGUUCGGAGGCUUAAGAUGCUGGCUCGUGUGUUCCAAGAUAUGGGACAAGAUGAAAAUGAAAAAUAUUCAGAGUUAGCUCUCCAUUUGGCCACCGAGUUCUUCUUUGAUCAUGCUAGUAAAGAUGUCCGUCUUCUUGUGGCAUGCUGUAUUGCUGAUGUCUUCCGUAUAUUUGCACCAGAAGCUCCAUAUAGAGAUCCUGAUCAUCUGAAGGAAAUUUUCAUGUUUUUGGUAAAGCAAUUACGAGGACUUGAAGAUCCAGAAUCUCCUUCUUUUAAACGAUACUUUUAUUUACUUGAGAAUUUGGCUUGGGUAAAAUCAUUCAAUAUAUGUAUUGAACUGGAUGAUAGUCAAGAGAUUUUCUGCAAUUUGUACAAACUUAUGUUUUCCAUUAUCAAUGAAAAACAUUCAGCUAAAGUCCGAACAUUUAUGCUUGAUAUGAUGGUGCCUCUUAUCACUGAAGCUGAUACUGUCUCACAGGAAUUAUUGGAUACAAUUCUUAUAAAUCUCAUUGAACCCUAUAAGUCUCAAAAUAAAUUAGCUUAUAAUUUGGCAAAAGACUUGUUACGGAAAACCAGCUGUGCUGUAGAGCCAUACAUCCAAACUUUCUUUAACAAUCUUUUGAUGAUUGGCAAAACAUCUGAAAGUGAAGUGUCAGACCACCUUUAUGAACUAAUCUAUGAAUUAAACAUGAUAUCAGGUACCAUGCUCUUAGCAGUUUUACCUCAGUUGGAAUUCAAAUUAAAGAGUAGUGAAGAAAUUGAAAGGAAGAAUGUUACUCGUUUACUGGCCAAGAUGUUCUCUGAUCCAGAAUCUGAACUUGCCUCCCAACACCGAGUCCUCUGGAAUUGUUUCCUUGGCAGGUUCAAUGACAUCAGCACUGGGGUUAGAACAGUAUGUGUUCAAUAUGCUCAGCGUUUUAUUUUACAUCAUACUGAUUUGGUCAAAGAUAUCAUUGAGCAAUUGAAAGUUCGCCAACAUGAUCCUGAGGAGACCGUUCGCAUGGAAGUGGUCUCUGCAGUUUUAAAUGCAGCCAAGAAAGAUUUCAAAAUGAUCACGGAUGAACUGUUGGCUUUUAUUAAGGAACGGACUCUGGACAAAAAGUUCAAGAUCCGUCGAGAAGCAUUACUUGGAUUGGCUCAUCUCUAUAAAACUUACAUCAAUCAGGAUCCAGAGAAUAUGGAAAUUGCAAAGCGUUUAAGUUGGGUAAAGGACAAAGUUUUCCAUGCAUAUUACCAACACAGUCCUGAAGACAGAUUAUUAGUGGAACGUAUCUUCAACACUUGUCUGGUGCCAUAUAUACUGCCAACAUCUGAGAGAAUGAAACGACUGCACAACCUUUAUGCAUCUUUGGAUGAACACGCACUGAAGGCAUUUAAUGAAUUACUGAAAUACCAACAUGGAGUCCGAGUCUGUGUCCUGCAAUGGAUUGAUGCCCUAGAACAAAACCUUCAAGGAUGCCCUGCUCCUGUUGUUGCCAAAUUGGUAGCUCUUGCUAGACAAUUGCCAGAACCCAAUAAGGCGCAAGAACAUUUAAAGAAAUUUAACCAUGUUUUAAGAGAAGAUAAACGAAUCCGUCAUUGUCUGAAGGCACUGGUAAGCCCUGACUGUACAUGCCGAAAAGCAGAAGAUGCUGUUAAAGAAAUCUUGAGAAAGGUUGGAAAUCCUGGCCAGCAGACACCUUUCUACAUAGCUGUAAAAUCUCUGCUGGAGCGAAUAGCUCCUGUAAUGAUUGAUGCAGAUGCUAUCAGUGCCUUGGUGAAGUACAACUGUGAUGUGAUUAGUGGCUUGAUCAUUGUUGAUGAUGGAGUUCUUACUGCCGGGGCCAAAGGGCUCAAGUUAUUGUUGGCUUUGUCCAGUGUAUUUCCUCAUUGUUUCAACAGAGAAAGUGUGUUUGAAGAUCUCUUGACAUUCCUAAAACAUGAGGAUGAAAUUAUUUCUGACUUAACACUUCAAGUUUUUGUCAACACUGGUCACAACUUGAAAAAGGAUUGUCCAAACAUACAUUUGAGUCUGUUACCAGUCCUUCUCACCACAGCAAAGAUGGGAAAUAUCCGACAAACAAAGCAUGCAAUCAAAUGCAUUAGUGUUGUGUAUAAGCAAGAGAAGGAAACUAUCUUACAGCAAGUUUUUGAACAUGUAAAAAAAGCAUUAAACCCCGAGUCUGCAAACUAUCUAACAGCAAUUGUUGCCAUGGGGCACAUUGCUGAAAUCUGUCCUGGAGAAUUCAGUUCUGAAAUGAAAAAUGUUGUAUCAAAACUUAUUGUCAAGGAUUUAUUGAUGCAAGAUCGAACUCAAGGUCACCAGGUCCAUGAUAGUUGGUAUGCAGAUCAUCUUGUUUCUGAAGAAACACAAGCAAAGGUUUUAGCCAUGAAAAUGUUAGUCCGGUGGCUAUUGGGGUUACGAAGCAAUGCAGGCAAUUCAGCAACAUCAACCUUACGGCUUCUCUACACUGUGAUAAUUCAUGAGGGAGACCUUAUGGAAAGAGGAAAGAUAAAUAAACCUGAGUUGGCUAGGCUCCGACUGCAGGCUGGCUGUUGUAUGUUGAAGCUUGCAGAAGAACCUUGCUUUGCAGAUCUCAUAACUCGAGAACAAUUUCAGGCAUUAGCUUUGCUAAUUAAUGAUAGUUGUUACCAAGUUCGACUUCGGUUUGCAAUGAAAUUAAACAAGGGAUUGCUUAGUCUUCGCUUACCCCUUGAGUAUAUGAGUAUUUUCUCUUUGGCAGCCAAUGAUCCUGUGAAGGAACGGCGUGGCCAGGUUAAACAGUUUCUUUAUGCAAAUAUUAGCAAACGUCGAGAAUACCUCAAACAGCAUGCAUCUGCUAGCUCCAAAAUAUUUUCCCUGCUCCCAGACUACAUGCUGCCAUACACUAUUCACCUUUUAGCACAUGACCCUGACCUCAAGUCUCCUGACCACAUUCAAGCAUUGAAUAUUAUAAAGGAAUGUUUAUGGUUUGUAAUGGAUCCGUUGAUGAGUCGAAGUGAAGAUUACAACUAUGCCUUCUUCAGAAGGAUGAUUGAAGAUAUUAAGCAGACCAAAGAUGCUCAGGGCCCAGAUGAUGAAGAGACCAAUAAGAAAAUGUAUGCUGUUUGUGACAUUGCUCUUGGUUUGAUGAUGACGAAGGUGUCCAAUGUUGUUCUCAAAGACACUCACAUGGAACCUGUGUUGCCUAUUAAAUUGUUUACUAAACCUGAUCAUAGUUACAGUAAUACCAAGUUAUACCUCCCCAAAGAUUUCAUUUUUGAUACAGGCAAGAAAAAGGUAACAUCCACCACUCUAAUGAAUGCAUCUGAUCGACCAGUUCCUGCCAAACCACCUGUGCCAAUUACAACUACAGAAAUCAUUGUAACGUCUCCAAAACCAGUUGUGAAUCCCAACCCUACUUGCCCUAGAGAGCCAAAAAAGAAAAAAGAGAAAGAAAAUGAAGCCAAGGAAAGUACUUCAACGCAGGAUGAGAAAAAAAAGAAGAAACCUACAGAAGAGUCAUCCAGUGAACAGAAACCCCGUACUGGACGAGGAAUGCGACAGACUUCAGCUGCUGUGAAAAAAAAAGGUGCAUUGGUUAAGAAAGCAACUCUACAAGCAGGCAAGAAGAGUAAAACUCCGAUAAAACUGACAAAAGCAGCUGCAAAGUCACCUAAGCGUGUGGCUGGUAAACAGGCAAAAAUUACAGACUUUCGUUCUCCAAAAAGGCAAACGCCCAAGAACUCUCCUUUGAAGGUAUUGUCACCUACAAAGCAAAUCUUAAAUGGCUCCACAAAGGGUACAAAUCGUCGUGCAGCACAGAGUCGGACGUCCAGCUCAUCAAGCUGUAAAUCCGACAAUGCACGGAAACGAACAGCAGGUUCUCCAGAUGAAAAUAUUCCAGCAAAGAAACGGGCAACAACAAAUGAAAAAGAUUCCAGGUCAGCUAGUCCGAGGACAAGUGAGCCGCCAUCAUCGUCAUCAUCAUCUUCAUCAUCUCCACAGCCGAGACGGAGAGGCCGACCUCCUAAGACAGAAUCCACACUUAUGGACACCCCCUCCACAUCUACUUCUACAAUAACAAAGACACAAGCAUUAGCAAAUAAGAAUGUGAGGAAAGUUGGUGGUGUUACCAAUGGUGAUGAGAAAGAAGAGACUUCUGCUGAGUCUACAUCAUCCAUCCAAUCUGCAGUAAAAGAGGAGGAGGUGGAAGAGGCAGAAAUCAAUCCCUAG